AGGGAUCUCAUCGAUGCUGCCAUAGCAGCCACUCCCCCCUCUCUCACUUCCUCUGUAGCCCCAGCAGCUAGUUCGCCCUCUCUCUUCCAGAGAAAGGCGAAGUCCAUUCAAUCAAUCACUUCUCUAUCCAGGAGGAGAUUGUCAUUUGGUGCAGAAUCCGAUAUUGAGGAUUCAUGCAGUCUUGGGAGAAACCAGAAGAAGAGCAGAGUGGCCGAGUCUUUUUUGCGUCGAUUUAGGAGCAAAACCGGGUUGUUUGUCAGCGACAUUACUGCAACGGAAUGGUGCGAAAAACAAAUGGAGUUUAUUCUUCUCUUGGGCAGUCGAAAGAUUACUGAAGCUAUGAAAAUAGGUAGAGCUCGCCAUGCAAAACUUGAAGAAGAGGUUGUGAAAAAAGUGGAAGUUCAAGUCAAUUCAGCUGAAGAUGAAUGGGCUGUGAGGCUUAUGAAGUUUAUAAUUGGUGCAAAUCAGUUAUUGACUGAAGGAUUAACUCGUGAGUUGCCAUUAAUAGGCUUAGUAGAAGGUGUCUGGAUGGUGGGAGUGAUUGAUGAGGUCCGAAUGCCAGUAACUGAAUCUGAUAGAAACCCAAUAUUUGUAGACACAAAGACUCGUGUGCAAAAUACACUUCCUGCUGAACCACAAAAAAGAAAGGGAAGGCUUCAAUUAAUGUGCUACAAGUAUUUGUGGGACAACUUAGUAACUGAUGAAUUCCCCUCCAAUCGCUUUUUCAAUUUCUUUUCCUUGAAUCCUUAUUCUAUCUUAUCUGAAGAAAUCAGAGAGAACACUGCUAAGUCAGGUUUCCCUGCAAAGAUCCUCGAUGACAUGGUGAGAUAUUAUAGGCAAAAAUGCAGCAUGCUGUCCCCUGCUCAUGACCAGCUUUUAGUGAGAUAUGAAUUACAAAAGGACAAUAAAUUGAUUGGUGAAGAUCUGUUUGCAUAUGACUCUGAUUGGCUCAAGAGUCAAAUUCAUUGUUGUCUUGAGUUUUGGCUGGGAGAGAGAGAAGCCAAUUGCACUCCACCAGAAGAGCGUUGGAAAUGCCGGUUUUGUAAAUUUGAUUUUGUCUGUCCGACAAUCACCAAUCCUGAUAGUGCAUCAAGCCCUACAAAAGCCAAUCUGAAUAGUUCACUGAGCUAGAGAAAGCACUGACUGACACCGUCUCCUCUAUAAGAGUUAUCAACAGAGGAAGUAAAACAGAGACGAGAGUUUGAGCUAAUUGGCUUGCUUGCCGUUUGUAUUUCAUUCCGUUGUAUUUAUAGCAGAUUACAUAUAACAAACUAGAGAAAAUUAAGGAGUACAAAAUAUAUUUUACAGCUAACGUUAUUCUAUUGUUUGAGUCAAAACUGAAUGAGGAAAAUCUAGAGAUGGAUCGUUGACUGCAACAUAUCUGAUUUGAUCCGAUGUCUUCAACUUC